AUGGAUUAAAGAUUGGCACACAUAACCACCGAUAAGUAAUUGAAAACUUAAGAAAAGCCCUAGUUUUUUCUAUGUAGGCGGAGUCAUAUCACUACACAAGAAGGACAUAACUUUCCGGCUAAUGUAGUAUUUAACUUUGAAUAAUGGAGAAAAGAGGAGAAUUAUCUUUAAAUUGUUAGAGAUAAAGAGAAUAUCGAUCACAUCGGUAAUAUUGGAUUUUAUCGAAUGAACAAAACUUUUGAUUUGAUAUUGGUGCAUGAAUAUGAAGAUGAAGAAACUAAACAAGAACUACUGGAUAAUAUUCCUUGGAUAGAGUAAUUUGAUAUCAUAGUUAUUGAGGAAUAAGGUUAAUUGGAAUCUGAUAUGCUUGAUUAAUCUGAGAAUUAAAGUGAAGAGAUUAUAGAGCUUCAAUAAUAAUGA